GGACUUCCGGCGCCCUCUGGUGGCGGCCAUUUUGAUUGGUGUUGGGUUUAUUUGUCGGAGAGGCUCCUGAGCGCUAGGUCGGCACUGCGGUGACUGAACCCAGAAGGCGGAGAGCAGUUGUCCUCCGCUGCCCAGAGGCUACUCUGGAGCUCUGUGACGGCGCCCAGCGUGACCCACUCCUGGGCCAGGAGAGGGACUGUCGUGCCCAUAUCUCCUGGCUGGUCGCCCUCUCCUCCCGACCCUGCUUAAAACCACGUGGUUCGAUGGCUGCGGCGGCUACGCUGAGGCUCUCCGCUCAGGGCACAGUGACUUUUGAAGACGUGGCUGUGAACUUUACCUGGGAGGAAUGGAAUCUCCUUAGUGAGGCUCAGAGAUGCCUGUACCGUGAUGUGACCCUGGAGAACCUGGCACUUAUAUCCUCCCUGGGUUGUUGGUGUGGAGUGGAAGAUGAGGAGGCAUCUUCUAAGCAGACUAUUUAUAUACAAAGAGAGACUCAGGUCAGGACUCCUAUGGCAGGUGUGUCUCCCAAGAAGGCCCACCCCUGUGAGAUGUGUGGCCCGAUCUUGGGAGACAUUUUGCAUGUGGCAGAUCAUCAGGGAUCACAUCACAAGCAGAAACUGCACAGGUGUGAGACCUGGGGGAAUACAUUGUAUGACAGUGGAAACUUUCAUCAGCACCAGAAUGAAUACAUUGGAGAGAAACCCUACAGAGUGAGUGUUGAGGAGGCAUUGUUUGUGAAGAGGUGUAAGUUUCAUGUGUCAGGGGAGUCAUCUGUCUUCAGUGAGAGUGGGAAGGACUUUUUGCCCAGGUCAGGAUUACUCCAGCAGGAGGUCAGUCACACUGGGGAGAAGUCAAACAGCAAAACUGAGUGUGUGUCUCCCUUUCAGUGUGGGGGAGCUCACUAUAGCCAUGGAGAAUCCAUGAAACAUUUUAGCACCAAACAUAUACUCAGUCAGUACCAGAGAUUGCUUCCUAGAGAAGAGUGUUAUGUUUGCUGUGAAUGUGGGAAGUCCUUUAGCAAAUAUGCUAGCUUGAGUAAUCAUCAGAGAGUUCACACUGAAAAAAAACAUGAAUGUGGAGAAUGUGGGAAAUCCUUUAGUAAAUAUGUUAACUUCAGUAAUCAUCAGAGAGUUCACACUGAAAAAAAACAUUAUGAAUGUGGAGAAUGUGGGAAAUCCUUUAGCAAAUAUGUUAGCUUCAGUAAUCAUCAGAGAGUUCACACUGGAAAAAGACUUUAUGAAUGUGGAGAAUGUGGGAAAUCCUUUAGCAAAUAUGCUAGCUUCAGUAAUCAUCAGAGAGUUCACACUGACAAAAAACAUUAUGAAUGUGGAGAAUGUGGGAAAUCCUUUAGUCAAAAGAGCAGCCUCAUUCAACAUCAGCGAUUUCACACUGGAGAAAAACCUUAUGGGUGUGAAGAAUGUGGGAAAUCUUUUAGUUCAGAAGGACAUCUUAGGAGCCAUCAACGAGUUCAUGCCGGAGAAAGACCUUAUCAGUGUGGAGAAUGUGUGAAAUCUUUCAGUCAUAAGCGCAGCCUUGUUCACCAUCAGCGAGUUCACAGUGGAGAAAGACCUUAUCAGUGUGGAGAAUGUGGGAAAUCUUUCAGUCAAAAGGGCAACCUCGUUCUACACCAGCGAGUUCACACUGGAGCAAGACCUUAUGAGUGUGGAGAAUGUGGGAAAUCAUUUAGUUCAAAAGGACAUCUUAGGAACCAUCAGCACAUUCACACUGGAGACAGACUUUAUGAGUGUGGAGAGUGUGGGAAAUCUUUUAGUCAUAAGGGCACCCUCAUUCUACAUCAGCGAGUUCACCCUAGAGAAAGAUCUUAUGGGUGUGGAGAAUGUGGGAAAUCUUUUAGUUCAAUUGGGCACCUUAGGAGCCAUCAGCGUGUUCAUACUGGAGAAAGGCCUUAUGAGUGUGGAGAAUGUGGGAAAUCUUUUAGUCAUAAGCGCAGCCUUGUUCACCAUCAGCGCAUGCACACUGGAGAAAGACCUUACAAGUGUGGAGACUGUGGGAAAUCUUUUAAUGAAAAAGGACACCUUAGGAAUCAUCAGCGAGUUCACACUACAGAAAGACCUUUUAAGUGUGGGGAAUGUGGGAAAUGUUUUAGUCACAAGGGUAACCUCAUUCUACACCAGCAUGGCCAUACUGGAGAAAGACCUUGUGUGUGUAGGGAAUGUGGAAAAUUAUUUAAGAAGAAGUCUCACCUCCUUGUACACCAGAGAAUUCACAAUGGAGAAAAGCCAUAUGCUUGUGAAGCUUGUCAGAAAUUUUUUAGAAACAAGUACCAACUCAUUGCACAUCAGAGAGUUCACACUGGAGAAAGGCCUUAUGAAUGCAAUGAUUGUGGAAAAUCAUUUACCCACAGCUCUACAUUCUGUGUUCAUAAGCGAAUUCACACUGGAGAAAAGCCUUAUGAGUGCAGUGAAUGUGGAAAAUCCUUUGCUGAAAGCUCCAGUUUCACGAAACACAAAAGAGUUCACACUGGAGAAAAGCCUUAUGAGUGCAGUGAAUGUGGAAAAUCUUUUGCUGAAAGCUCCAGUCUCACUAAACACAAGAGAGUUCACACUGGAGAAAAGCCUUAUAAAUGUGAGAAAUGUGGGAAGUUAUUUAACAAGAAGUCUCAUCUCCUUGUACACCAGAGUUCACAUUGGAGAAAAGCCAUAUGAGUGUAAGGAUUGUCAGAAAGUUUUUAGCAAGAAGGACCACCUCAUUGCACACCAGAGAGUUCACACUGGAGAAAGGCCAUAUGAAUGCAAUGAUUGUGGGAAUUCAUCUACCCACAGCUCUGCAUUCUGUGUUCAUAAGAGAGUUCACACUAGUCACACCACCUUAUGAGUGCAGUGAAUGUGGGAAAUCCCUUGCUGAAACUUUCAGUCUCAUUAAACACAGGAGAGUUCACACUGGAGUAAGGUCUUGUGAUGCAGCAAAUGUGGAAAAAAAGUUACCUGAAGGUCUUCUCUCCUUGAAUAUCAGAGAGUUCGCACUAGACAAAUGAAAUACACUUGGGCAAUUUUGUAGCCACACCUCUGUGCUCCUUCAAGAUCAGAGAGUUAACACUGGAUCAGGGCCUUACCAAUGUGACAUGUGAGAUAUUUAUGUAGAAAUCUAGCUUCAUAACACACAGGAGACUUCCCACUGCAGAAAUGCCUUUUGAAUGUAAUGAAUGCAAGAAAGCCUUCAGCCUUUUUAUUGGAGCCUCAAACACUGACAUGAGAAAAACACCAUAGAUGUAUAUGGAAUGUUAUUUCUUUUUCAAUGUAACCCUUUGAGGGUGCCACCUACCUAGAUUGAAUGUCAUUUAUUGAGCAUCUGCAAAAGUUCCAAGCAUGCGGCAGCUACAGUGCAUUUUUCACUCUAUCCAGGUACCUUGCUAGAUUUUUUUUGAGACAGGGUGUCACUGUGUCACUCAGGAUGGUGUGCAGUGGUGCGUUCACAUUUCACUGCACCCUUGAUCUCCUGGGCUUAAGUGAUUCUGUUUGCCUCAGCCUCCUGAGUAGCUGAAACCACAGGCAUGCACUACCAUGCUCCACUAAUUUUUUUAAGUUUUGGAGAGACAGGGUCUCACCAUGUUGCCCAGGCUGGUCUUAAACUCCUGGCUCAAGUGGUCCUUCCACCUUGGCCUCCAAACAUGCUGGGAUUACGGGUGUGAGUUACUGUGCCUGGCCUUUUUUUUUUUUUUUAACUUUUAAUUUCUGAUCGAGUCACAGAAGGAUUUAUUGAGUAGCUUCAGCACUUCUUCCUUUGUCAUUUUUUUCUGUCUGAUAAGUCAUGCCAUGGACGUUACCCAUUUUUAUCCCAGAGGCCUCUAACAUUGACUUGAAAAGAUGGACUAUGUCUUUCAGAGAUCUUGUGGGUAUCACAUCAAUCUUGACAAAUUUUCUACCCUCCAAGUCAUGAUCCUAAGAACAGCUUGCCUCCCAUUUCUCUGGUUUGUGCUGUUAUGAAGGCCUUAUUGUUUCAGCCUUCUUCAGUCUUGAGGGUGGUUGUCACUGUAUGGGUGGUUCAGAAACAAGUAGGUCCUGUUACUAUGAAGGGGGUCACAGCUUUUGUUGGCAUAGCUGAACUCUUUGUGGUUCAUGGAACAGUAUGAAUGUAGCACAUAGCUUUCUCCACUUGUGGACUGAUUUGCAUAGCUGCCAGAGGCCUCCAAAGAAGACCUUCAGGGCAUUGUGGUCUUUAUCUGUAACAUAGAUACUAAAAUUUGUGGGUUCAUAGGUCAGCUGGAUACAGGGCAUUUUUUGUGACAAUUUCUGGCAUUUUUUGAACAAGACAAAAUUCUUUUACGAGGUAUAUUGCAUUGUACUUGGUACGGCUGAGGGAAGUCUGCUCCCCAGCUCUUGCAAUGGAGACACAUGCCCCGAUAUCCAGAAUUAUGUAGGAUGACAUCACAGAUUGUAAUGCUAUCAGGUGAAAUUAUAAUUUUGUAGAAUUACUUUAUUUAUAGGCAGUGGAGGAGACAGAAUAAUGUAACUGCAACUCAUGUCUUUUUUUUUUUUUUUUUGAGACAGAGCCUCACCCUGUUGCCCAGGCUGGAGUGCAAUGGCAUAAUCUUGGCUCAUGGCAACCUCUGCCUCCCAGGUUCAAACAGUUCUCCUGCCUCAGCCUCCCAAGUAGCUGGGACUACAGGCACAUGCCACCACACCCAGCUAGUUUUUGUAUUUUUAGUAGAGAUGGGGUUUCACCAUGUUGGCCAGGCUGGUCUCGAACUCCUGACCUUGUGAUCUGCUGGCCUCAGCCUCCCAAAGUGCUUGGAUUACAGGCAUGAGCAUGAGUCUUUUAAAAAGGCAUCCACAAUGAUCCAGUCACUACGUAUGUGAUGAAUAUGCAGAUACAGGAAUUAUCAGGACUUCCAUAAUGAUGAAUGUUGUAUUGUUGAGGCCAUUGUCAGGGGAAAUAAUCUAAAGGUUUUGUGAAUUCCUGUACCCAUUCUGGGCUGUUCUCCUCAAGGUCAUUCCUGCAUUAGCAGGAGGAAGAUGAUAGGGAGAAGGGAGAUCUCAGUUCAGUGAUGUGGCCUUUGUGGCCAGCCAGCCAGUUAAUCAGGUGGAAAUGGACUUACUGCCACAUCAAUAAGUGGAGGCUAGUUUUCCCACUUAGGGCAUGAGAAGAAUUGGUGUAGUCAGUAUAGAGUUGUCAAACCUGUUUUCCAAAAACAAUGGUAAAUCUAUAUUUUUCUUUUGAACUGCAUUUUAUUAUUAUUAUUAUUAUUAUUAUUAUUUAUUUUGAGAUGGAGUCUUGCUCUGUUGCCCAGGCUGGAUGGAGUGCAGUGGCACGAUCUCGGCUCACUGCAAGCUCCGCCUCCUGGGUUCACACCAUUCUUCUGCCUCAGCCUCCCAAGUAGCUGGGACUACAGGUGCCCGCCACCACGCCCAGCUGAUUUUUUGUAUCUUUACUAGAGACGGGGUUUCACCAUGUUAAUCAGGAUGGUCUCGAUCUCCUGACCUUGUGAUCCACCCGCCUCGGCCUCCCGAAGUGCGGGGAUUACAGGCAUGAGCCACCGUGCCCAAACUUUUUUUUUUUUUUUGAGACAGAGUCUCACUGUCACCCAGGCUGGAGUGCAGUGGCAUGACCUCGGCUCAUUGCAGCCUCUACCUCCUAGGUUCAAGCAAUUCUCCUGGCUCAGCCUCCCAUGUAGGUGGGACUGGAAGCAUGUGCCACCACGCCCGGCCAAUUUUUGUAUUUUUAGUAGAGACAGAGUUUUGCCAUGUUGGCCAAGCUGAUCUCGGACUCCUGACCUCAGGUGAUAUGCUUGCCUCAGCCUCCCAAAGUGCUGGGAUUACAGGUGUGAGCCACUGCUGCCAGUCUGAAGCAUAUUUUAAAGCUGUGAUAAGUUAUAAAUGACAUUCAGUAAGCUAUGCAUAUUUAAGCUGUAGUAUGUGAUAAAUCUUGCGUUUCAUAUAAUCCCAUGAAACCAUUAACAUAGUCACAAUAAUGAAUUUAACACCUUUAUAUUUACCUGGAACCUUUUUAUAAAGGCUUUCUUUCUGUUCUCCAGACAACCAAUGAUUUACUUUGCUGUACAGUAGAGUACUUUCCAUUUUCUGGAAUUUUAGAUGAGUGAUGUAAUAAAGUGUUUCCUCUUAUAA